UCCGUUUUCCUCCUCCUCAUUUCGUACUAAAAUGGAGUAUAUCUCUGCUAACAACACCACCAUCCCCACCGUCACCCUGUCCACAAUGGUCAAGCCGUUUGCCAAGUGUGGACACCGCCAAGCGCUCACCGUCAUCUACUCCACCAUCAUGCUGUUGGGCGGCGUCGGAGGGAUCCUAAUGGUCCGCACCUUCAAGUCAAGCAAGUCCGUCAUCACCAUCGCCGUGAUGAACCUCACCAUCGCUCACAGCCUCUUCCUGCUGACCGUGCCCUUCAGACUACACUACUAUGCUGUGGGCACCUGGGAGAUGGGCCUGCAGGCCUGCAACGCGGUGAGCGGGAUGAUCCACUGUCACAUGUACCUGAGCUUUGUGUUCUACACCGUCAUCAUCGUGCUCCGCAUCUGGUCGCACUACGGCAAGGAGAACAACGCGCGUUUCUACCGGAACAUGCACGCCUUCCUAGCCAGCCUGGCCGUGUGGGUCAUCUUCCUGGUCGUCGUGCCCCUCGUGCUCCAGUUCUACGGCCACCAGAAGGGGACCAAGGACUCCAAGCAGUGCUUCCAUUUCGCCAAUCGGAUGGAGAACGCAGGGGUGAAGGUGUUCAACUACAUGGUGAUCUCUGUGAUCUGCGUGACGGCCUUCACGCUGAUGGGUCUCCAGGUCCACAUCCUGUUGGUGCUCCUCAGGAAGAAAGGUCAGGAUGGCCUGGUCCAGCAGCAGCUCAACGCCCAGAUGAAGAGUCUCCUCUUCAUCCUUGUCCUCAUGGUGUGCUUCGUACCCUACCAGCUGUUCCGCCUGUACUACCUGGAACACCUGCAUCUGGAGGAGGUCAACGAGCUGUUCCUCACCCUCACCGCUCUGAGCUGCGUCGAUAUGCUCAUCUUCCUGUUGUGUUGGAGGAGGUGAUGGAUGAGGGUGGAGGUGAUGGAUAGAGGAGGAGGUGAUGGAUAGAGG